AUGCGUACAUUCACGUUGUGCGUAUGUACGUCGGGUCUAGUGAUUUGUUCACACGAUUCUUCAAUUCUUGAUAUAAAGAUUGAUCUGAGCUCAUUGUACUCUGAUCACAGUUAUGUAAGUGAUAGAGUAGUGGUCUUGACUCAAGUUUGCCCAAGACAAUUGAGACAACAAGGGCUCAUCCUAAUGUUCGGCUUCAUGCUGUCUCAAAAGUUGUCACAGAUUCGUAAACUCGACAAGAGCAAUAACACUAAUAACAUUAAGUUCAUCGACUUUGAUGACAUUAACAACAAAAUCAGCAACGAUAACAAUAGGAAUGAUGAACUGAAAUACGAGAGGGAGAUGACUCAGUGGAGACCGUUCAGAUACGUUGGUCAGCUGACAUCAUUUGCUGCAUUCCUAUUGGUCUGCGCGUCGACAUGGAGUGACAAUUGGAUGGCUGGUUCAGUAUGGAUGAGUACGAUAAUCGUGAUGAUGGUGGCCACACUGACGUUCGCCACACUCGCCAACGUCCUGUCUUUCUUUGGCAUCUGCUCGUCGUCUCUUGGCAAGAAGUUAUAUUACUACAAUUCAGCCGGAGAGAUUAAUCUUAUUUGCGGCUUAGUAACGCUCUCAGUGGAGACUUUGUACUCCGUUGGCAUGUACACCAUAUACAGACUGUCUCCGUACUACCUGAGCUACGCAUUCGGACUCAGCUGCUUCUCCACCCUCCUCUUCUUUGGGGCAGCUAUUUGCAUGUGCAUUGAUGAGUUGGUGGCUGCUGCUGCUACAGCUUUUACUACCACUUUUGCUACUACAUCUGCUACUACUUCUGCUACUACUUCUGCUACUACUUCUGCUACUACAUCUGCUACUACAUCUGCUACUACUUCUGCUACUACAUCUGCUACUACAUCUGCUACUACUUCUGCUACUACUUCUGCUACUACUUUUGCUACUACUUUUGCUGCUACUACUUCUGCUACUGCUACUACUUCUACUACUACUUCUGCUACUACUUCUGCUACUACUUCUGCUACUACAUCUGCUACUACAUCUGCUACUACUUCUGCUACUACAUCUGCUACUACAUCUGCUACUACUUCUGCUACUACUUCUGCUACUACUUUUGCUACUACUUUUGCUGCUACUACUUCUGCUACUGCUACUACUUCUACUACUACUUCUGCUACUACUUCUGCUACUACUUCUGCUACUAUUUCUGCUACUACUGUAGCUGCUGCUGCUGCUACUACUAUUCUCAUACUAAUAUAA